UUUAGAUUUAUCAAUUUCAAACUCCUUUCACCGCAUAUGCGUUAGCACCGGGUAUAAAAGUCUUCACGCAUUGAUGUUAUCACCAGUCCGAUCUUGAAAUUAGUUUCAACACCAUGUACAAAGCAGCACAAUUUGCCAUUUUAGUCACACUUGUCUUGGGUUUGACCAAGGCCCGAAUCAUCUCAACAAAAAAAAGUGACGACUCCCAGACAAACCUAACUCCACAACAGUCUUCCCAAAAAUGGACUUUCGGCAAUCUCAACGAACAACAAACCAGCGAAUUGGAAAAAAUGAUCAAACAAAGCCUGGAAAACAUUUUCAAAAACGAGGAAAUCGGCCAGACAAAAGAAGUCGAUGUGGAAAUCACCGAAACGAAACCUGAAAUUCACGAGGAAUUUUCGUCGCCUCAUAUUCUCAAAGUUCCGGUUCCGCAGCCGUAUCCGGUUCAUAUUCCGGUCAAGCAACCCUUCACAGUGCCCAUUUUUAAGUUAGUACCGGAGGAAGUGGAAAAGAAGGUUCCCAUCACGGUGGAAAAACUUGUGCCAGUUUAUAAGGAAAAGCCGGUGAAAAUUAUCGUAGAAAAGCACCAUCCGGUUCCGGUGUAUAAGCCCUACGUGGUUCCGGUUGCCGUCAAUACGCACAUUUUGCUCCCCAAAAAGAAGGAGUUGAAGAAGUGGUACUAGGCGGAUUAGGUUCUGUUGUAAAUUAUUUUGUUGUUAUGUUUUUUGUUAAUAAAAAGUUUAC